AUGGGGUGUAGCGGCAGUACAUCGGGAGGGAAGCUAGCGGCAGACAAGGACACCACAGAUACUUGGCGCAGCGAUGAGGUACCUCCUGGCAAGGAACAACCUGUCGACAACCCCGAUCGCGCCGAACCGUACGGUGAUGACGAUCUUGCCCUUGGUGUGGCUGUGAAUUGGAAGGAAAUUGCUGAUGAAGUUCUGAAAAAGGGAGAGUUGUAUGAAGACGACGAAUUCCCUGCAAUUGAAAACUCACUGUUUUUCAGUGAUGAAUCUGCUGAUGGGAUAGUGUGGAAAAGACCAAAGGAAAUUUCAGACAGCCCUUCACUUUUAGUCGAUGGUAUCAGCCGAGAUGAUGUAGUACAGGGCAUUCUGGGAGAUUGUUGGUUUCUGUCAUCUUGCGCAUCAAUCGCACAACACAAACGAUUUAUGGAAAAGGUUGUACCCACAGAUCAGUACUUAUGGUCAUCUGGAAAAUACUGCGGCUUAUUUCAUUUUCGUUUUUGGCGUUUUGGUAAAUGGGUCGAUGUUAUUAUCGACGACCGGAUACCAGUUAGACGCGACCAAGUAAUAUUUGCCAAAUCUAGUAAUUCUAAAGAAUUCUGGGUGUCAUUACUAGAGAAAGCAUAUGCCAAGUUGCAUGGUUCAUAUGAAGGUCUGGCUGGUGGACAGGCAUCCGAUGCACUAAUUGAUAUGACUGGCGGUCUAACAGAACGAUGUGAUCUCAAAGAACCGCGUGCCGGAUUAUUCAGGCAAUUAUUACGAAAUUUCAAAUACGGUUCCUUUCUCACUUGCAAUAAAAAGGGUGAUUGGAGAGCAGCUGACGAGGCAGAUGAACAUGGACUUGUGUCGGGUCAUGCAUAUACAGUGACAUCGGUGAGAAGGGUCCAGACAAGACAUGGCGAUUAUGUCAAUCUAUUACGAGUUCGUAAUCCAUGGGGUAACGCCACAGAAUGGAAUGGCAAUUGGAGUGAUGAAUCUGCAACUUGGGACCUUGUGAGUGAUGAGGUCAAAGGUCAAUUGGAAUUAAAGGACAAAGAUGACGGAGAGUUCUG